AUGCCUACUACUCGCCGCCAAAGACGAGGGACCUCAGAGCCUGCGGAAGUUCAGGAUCCUGAGGCUCCCGCGAUUGAGAGUUCAGGUACGACGAGUCGCAGCACUGGACUCUUCUCUCAUUCCGCUCAAAUCCCAGCUCGCUGGCCUACCGACCCAGAGGAGCUCAAGAAAUAUGUGGAUUACGCCAUGUUCCAUGAGUAUUCAGCGCCGCCACCUCCCCCGCCUAAACUUCCUCCCAGACAAAAGCGUUGGAGACAUGAGGGAGAUGAGGCUAUCACCGAAAUGAAAGACGUGCCAGAAGGUUGGAAUCCCAAUGAUCUUGAUAUCGAUGAGGACGAUGUCGACGGCCAGAUUGAGAGAUGCUUGGAGCGGAUCGAUGAUGGAAUCAUGCCCCAAAUCUUCGAAGUGAAAUUGGAAAUGUACCAGAAGAGAAAGAAAGCUUUCAAGGACAUGAUCAAAUCCGAACCAUCUGGGCUCAGCUGGGGCGUCGUUCAGCGCUUGGAUACAUUGAAAAUUAUCGAAGCUCAUGUCGUUGAGGAAGGGGAUCCGGAUGAUCAACUUCCCAAUAUCAGAGCCCUCAUGGAAUCUUACAGAAGUAAGAAAUUGACGUUCAAGAGUGGCAUGGUCAGCUAUUGGUCGGAAGGCAGGCAGCUCAAUUCGCCCGAGAAGUUCGACGAGAAUGUCCACAAGAGAAUGCUCAAAAGCCAUGAUACCACCAGAUCUUGGUGGGUGGAAGGUCUUUCGGGUGUCAGUCCUGUCAACAUGGGAAUACUUUGGGCAUUCCCACCACGGAACCUCCAACGCGGACAUGAGUAUCUAGUUGAUGUUUCACCUGAUGUCCGGGGUGCCAAUCCCCCAACGUUCUGCCUCAAGGUAGUUCAUGAUACCGGUGCUGACGUUAUGGGAAUGCCUAGACAAUACAUAGAUUUGAUCAGUUCAGGACAUAAAAAGCUAGCAUUACAGGGAUAUCAGGUCGCGCAAACUGCUGGUGGUCUGGUAACGUGCAGGAUGUAUGAGAUUGAUGUCACCAUGGCUACUUGCCUAGGCGCACAUCCACUCGCGGGAGGUCCCUGGAUGAGGGUCCAGCUCAUGGAAAUUCAAAACCUCUCAAGCGGCCGUCCUGGGGCAAUCCUUUCAGGGCCCUUCCUCCGGUUUAUGUGCUAUACUGCCACAUGUCCAGAUGACCAGGGCAAUCUACAUAUCACUUGGAACAAGAGUGACCUGGGUUUUCUGACGGAUUUAGCCCCGGGCUUUAUGCCAGCACCACUACCUUUUGCACAGGUGAUUCCUGCAUCUCCCGGAGGUGGCCCGCCAGCAGUGUUAGGAACAGCGGCAGCAUUGGCAACGCAACCGGCGCCAUCACUAAAACGAGCCAAAACUCCCACUCCCACUCCGCCAGCACCACGAAAGAAGCAACGGCCCGCACGUCCUUGA